UCAGGCUGUCAGUGUCAGUAUUCGCGCGACAAGCGCUGAGAUCACACGUGUCCGAUAGUUCCCGCCGCUCGCUACGAAACUUUCGCGCGUAAAAGUUACGAAGUAUUAUAACGGAGUGAAUUAUUUUUGAAUCGUGUAAUAAAGUGUUUACUACAUUGUACUAUAUGUGUAAAUGUGUUUUUUAAGACGCUACGUCGGAGUGUGGCCGAAUUUCACCGCGUACAAUGCCAUCAUAACCUAAAACCUCUACAAUGUGAGCAGACUACAUGGUUUCACUACACCAUGACACCAACAACGUCACCUUCAACGGCACCGACCUAUCGAACUAUACGGAGUACGCAGAAAUACCGUAUUACAUAAAAGCGACCUCUAUGAGUUUCUGCAUAGUGAUCAUGUGUUUAGGUGUGAUAGGGAAUGUGAUGGUGCCGAUAGUGAUACUCAAGACGAAGGAUAUGAGGAACUCGACGAACAUCUUUCUGGUGAACCUGAGUAUCGCGGAUUUGAUGGUGCUGCUGGUGUGCACGCCGACUGUGCUGGUGGAGGUGAACUCGAAACCGGAGACGUGGGUGCUGGGGAAGGAAUUAUGCCUGGCCGUCCCGUUUGUGGAGCUGACAGUAGCUCACGCCUCCGUGCUGACGAUCCUGGCCAUCAGCUUCGAGCGCUACUACGCCAUCUGCGAGCCUCUCCGGGCGGGCUACGUCUGCACCAAGACCCGAGCCACGCUCAUCUGCGCUCUGGCUUGGUUCUUCGCCGCUCUGUUCACUAGUCCAAUCCUGGGCAUCGCGGAGCACACGGAGGACUCGAGCGACGAGGGCGCGCACUCGCACUGCCUCACGCCGGCGCGCUCCUCCUGGCAGAUCAGCUUCUUCCUCAUGGUCAUCGUCUUCCUCUACUUCCUCCCCCUCAUCAUCCUGAUCGUCCUUUACAGCGUCAUCGCCAAAAACCUCGUCACCGCGGCCUCCAAAGUCGUCAUGAAUAAGACUGUCGAUCCCUACAACGCUAGAGCCAGGAAACAAGUGAUUCUGAUGCUCGGAACUGUAGUCCUAUGCUUUUUCAUAUGCCUUAUGCCGUAUAGAAUACUUAUUUUAUGGAUAAUAGUAACACCGUCAGAAUGGACGGAGAGUAUGAACCCAGAAACGUGGUACAGCGUACUUUAUUUCUCUAGAAUAAUGUUAUACAUUAACUCCGCUAUAAACCCUAUAUUGUACAAUCUAAUGUCGUCCAAAUUUAGAAUAGGUUUCUGCAAAGUGUGCAUCUGUUAUAAAAAGGUAGCUGUUAGAAAUCAAAGCGUGGAAAACAGGACGACCGGGUCAACGACCAGCAGCAGUCUGACGCGCACGACCAACAGUUUGAAGAAGUUGUUCCAUAGAGGAAGUUUAGACAAAACUGACACGGUUAAAGUUAAUACUAAUUUCUUUGAUAGGUUAUUGAAUAAGAGAUUUAUUAGACAGCAGUCGGAGCCGGUGUGUGGUGCAAAGGUGACUAAGAUAAACAGGAUGCGGAGUGAGGGCAGUAUGGUUGAAGUGGCGACGGUGGAUCGGUCCGACAUGGAUGAUGUUAGUGUUAGCCGGCCAGACAUCGAGCUGGACGGCCGGGGCUCGUUACGGCGCAGCGUACUAAUAAACAGUGCGAAAGCGAAGAGCAUAGAGUGUGAAAGCAACAGACUGAGGCAUAAAAUUAAAGUAGACUGCGUGGUGAAGUCGAGGAGUGUCGACUACGACUGUCCUGAAAGUUUCGUGUGAUAUGAUAUAGCUUGGUCUUUAUUGGCUUAAUUUUGAAGAAAAAGCUUAGUCGUGCCUCGAUAUUAUUGUAUAUGGAAAUACCUUUAUCGUGUCUCACGAAUUGCGGCGUCCCUCUCGACAUUUACUAAAUUUAGGAAGGUGUAACAAGCUCUUUAGUUACUUAAAUAUUAGAGCCAUUAAUAUAGCUUAAAUUGGGAAAUAAAAUUUAUCGUGUACUUGGGAUGUAUGUAGAAAAUGAUAAUUUAAUAUCAAUA